AUGGCUCUCCAGACCGAAACUUCUAGCUCUUCUACCAGCGACAACAUUAUAUCAUCCCCUCCACUCAUUCUUGCUUUCGUCGCUGUUGCGGGACUGGGUUUUGCCAUCGCCAUCUUCAUUUGCUGGAGGCGUUGGCGGCCAUCCCAAUUCUCUCAGGAAGUCAUCAUCCGACCUACCUUGGAGUCGCCAAAAAUCUGGGACCUAUGGUCGCCUUUACCCUCAGCCAGCAUUGCACCUACUUGGAAAGGAAUACAGCCAAUGGUUGUAACAAGAUGGCACUCUCCCUACUCUGUCGAUACUGCUUCAUAUCGCCGUCUCAUGCUGAGGUCGCAUCAGCCUCAGCCAAGGCGACUUCAAGUUGCUGUCCUUAUUGUGCUGCCUCUACCUAAUGCAUCUGACGAAAUAUUGGAAUACUCAAUCGGGUCUUGCUCAGUCAUCUGCGAGUAA